UAAGGCGAGAGAUAACGAGCGAAAAAUAGUGUUCCGCGUUGGUUGGUUAAAAAGGCGACCGAAAAAAGCCAUUUAGCAUUUCGCUCCAUGCCAUUGCUUUGCUCUCGUUCGCUCCGGAUGUUCCUAAAAAGCUAAAAAGCAAUGUCCCCGUUCUUUGCUGCCAUCUUUUUGCACGCCCUGUGCCUGGCCAACGCCGUCAAUGACAUCGACUUCACAACCGUCUACGAUUGGGACAAAUUUGAUUUCGCCUGGCCGUCAGGGGCGAACAGUUCAAAUAAUGGACAGAUCUUUAAUCCGAACUACGUUCAUCCUCGAUACAUGGCUGUUUUUGGGGAAAGGCUGUUUAUAAGCCUUGAUUUGAAGAACGAAGUACCCGCCACUUUGGUGUGGCUGCCAAAGAGCGGCACGUCGACUGCACCAAAGCUUAAUCCUUUCCCAUCCUGGAAUUUUCACAUAAAAUACAGAAAAGAAUGCGACACUAUUAAGGUGGCCAACGGCAUAACGGCAGACCCUGAUGGUCGGUUGUGGGUGCUUGAUGAAGGUUUCUACGGAUGUCCGAGCAAACUUUGGGUAUUCGACCUGAACAACAACGACACAACCGACCGCGUUCACCAGUUUCCAGACACAGUCGUCUCUCAUUCGACAAGUAAAAGAUCCCUGCGUGAUGUAGUCAUCGACAAAACGACAGACGAUUAUCUUGCGUACAUCACUGAUUCUGAAUCUGAGAACAUCAUAGUUUACAGCCGCAAAAACGACAAAUCCUGGGCAGUUAAAACACCAGGGAAGAAAUGGGAUUCCUUGGACCUUUCUCCUAAUAACAGGGAAGCGAGACAGCUGUACCUUACUGAAAGAUCAUAUGACUAUCAACUGUAUUCAGUUUCUGUGUCUGAGCUGAAGAAUGAAGGUGGAAGCGCUGCUCCGAAACUCAUCGGCAAAUGGAGGGAAUACCCUUACAGAUUGGUGAUCGACAAAGCCAAUAUCUUGUAUGCCGCCUUUAACUACAAGAAAUACCUCUCCAAAUGGAAUAUUUCGGAGCCCUUCCGUGAGCAGCGUGUUCAUGAGGCUGGAAGACUAGAUUGCAGCUGGCCAUUUACUUUUGCUUUGGACGUGGACGACACUUUGUGGAUAACGGAGCGAAAUGAAUCUGGGGGUGUGCUGAGGCAUAAACUGUUCAAGGCUGCAGUUGGCGCAAGACCAUAUUUACUUACAGCCUUGCCUACGCCUUAAGCAUCAGUGAACACGUCUUCUUCUCGGAUUCCUAUUUCUGAGAUCACGCGAUGAGAAAAUCCUCCUAAAGAAGACCCAACUCGGCAGAUUUUUACCUCAAUUUCUACUCACAAUCUGUGUUGCAUUUUAAUAAAAAUGAAUGAAAAAUACAA